AUGGCCGAGCCCCCCGGGAGCGCGGCGGCGCUGCCCGCGGCAAGGCGAAAGAAAAGCAUUUCCAUCGAGGAGAAGGUCGACAUGAUAAGCGCGGUGGAGAGCGGCAGGAAGAAGGCAGAGGUGGCGGCGCAGUACGGCAUAAAGAAGAACUCGUUGUCCUCGAUUCUGAAGAAUAAAGACAAAGUGCUGGAAGCCUUCGAAUCCUUGGGAUUUGAUCCCAGAAGGAAGAGGCUGCGGACUGCUUUUCACGCCGAUCUGGAGGAGGCGUUAAUGAGGUGGUACAGAAUCGCUCAGUGCCUGAACGUGCCGGUGAAUGGGCCUAUGCUGCGCCUCAAAGCUAACGAUUUCGCCCAGAAACUUGGCCACGGGGAUUUUAAGUGCAGUAAUGGCUGGCUUGAUCGGUUCAAGUCACGGUAUGGGUUAGUAUUCAGAGCUCAGCCGGGAGGAGCAGCUGCGGCUGCUGCAGCGGAUGCUUUGACUCUUUGGUACCAAAAUGUUCUUCCUUGCUAUUUGAAUGACUACCAGCCAGAAAACGUGUUUAAUGUAAAGGAGACUGGACUGUUGUACCAGAUGUUACCUAGUAAUACAUUUUCAUUUAAAGGGGAAACCUGUUCUGUUGGUAAGGUGAGCCAAGAGAGAGUAACUGUUGUGGUUGGCUCGAACAUGGAUGGCUCCGAGAAACUUCCUUUGCUCGUUGUAGGGAAAGACAGAAGUCCACACUGUUUCAAAGAUGUGAAGUCGCUACCAGUGGAUUAUGAAGCAAACGAAAUGGCCUGGAUGACUUCAGAAGUGUUUGAGCAGUGGGUGCAUAAACUUGAUGAAAGAUUUCAAGCACAGCAGCGACGAGUAGUUAUUUUUGUUGAUCCUCUCCCGGCUCACUCAGAGGUAAAGAACCUGAAGGCUAUUGAAUUAGCGUUCUUUCCUCCAGAUGCUUCUUCAUGCAUAGCUAUGAAACAAGGCGUUAUCAGAAGCUUGAAAGUUAAAUACAGGCACUGUCUUAUUACAAGAUUUGUUGACUGCGUAGUAGGUAAUAAAGAGUUCACGUUAACUCUUCUUGAUGCAGUUGAGAUGUUGCACCUGUGUUGGAGGAAGGUAGCACCAGAGACUAUUGUUAAAAGUUAUAAGGAAGCAGGAUUCAAGUUAGAAACUGAGGAAGAUGGUGAUAAAGACACAGAGGUUGAAAGUGAUUUUGACUUGAUUGCGCACGCCUUGGCAGCAGGAGUAGAGUUUCCAGAAGGCUUAUCUCUGGAGGAAUAUGCAGCUUCGGAUGAUGGUUUGGCAACUUGUGACAUGCCCGCAAAUAAUGAAAGGAUAUUUCAAGGUGCCCAAAAAAGCACUUCUGAUAAAGCUGGGACAUUUGUCGAUGAUGAAGGUGAUGGAUGUCUGGCAGCCGAACAGCCUUUACCAUCAAAAAAUGAGGCUCUGAAUGCUUUAGAUACUCUUCGAAGGUUUCUCAGGAAUCAAGAUGUGAACAAUUCUCUUCAUAAUUCCCUAGCUGACCUGGAGGAUUUUAUUCAACAUGUAGCAUGUAAAUAAAUAUUGUUAACAAAACACGUAAUUGAAAAAAGAAAUUAUUUAAGCAAACACAAAUAUGGCAGCUUAUAACAAGCAUUGCUGCAAAGUUUUCUAGUAUGUCUUGCUUGAGUACCAAGCUGCACGUAAUAAAUGAAAUCUGAAAUUACGAAAAAGGGUUGUGAACUGAAAUCUUCCAAAAUUUAGGAGAAAGAAAGUAAACUUUCAGGUGGAGAGAGGACGUCACUUGAACUUUAAUAUGAUGACUGUCAUAGGUACAACAGACACAAAAAUAAUUCUUACAAGUUCUGUGCAGUCUCGAUGAACUGGUGCCCACUUGUAGAUGUGUCCAUGAAGAUGUUAGUGCUUCUUCACAUUAAUAAUUUCACUAAUAUCUUUGUUGUUAUUUACAGUGUAACAGUAAAUAUUUAUGAGCUUGGUGCUACAAAAAAAUUUUGAAUAGCACAGAAAAUAGACACUUGAGUCCUGACAAACAAGAGCUUUUUUUAAAGUUGAGUUUUCUUGUAUGUGUUCAACAAUCCCAGUCAUAGGUUAUUCUUAAGUGAUGAACAGCAGAAAGUUAGCAGCUUUGAAUGUGUUUUGUUUUCUUAAAGGCUCCUGUGUGGAUGUACAUGAGUGGCAUAAUCAUUUAUCAAAGAAUCAAAAGACAAGCAAAACUUUACUUGUUCUUUGAAGGGUUAUUUUCCCCAAAUGGGUCACGCUUUCAGCCUUUUUGACAUUUGGAUUUCUUUAGCCCUGUCUGUACAACUCUAUGUAUUUCUGGAGUAAACAGAAAAAAAUACUGGAUUAUGCAGUAUCUGCCCCUGAAAACUUAAUAAGGUCUUGCUGUAUUUACUGUAGUUAGUAAUAAAACAAAGUACUUAAACGUG